GGGCGCGGGGAUCGGGCCGCCCCGCAGCGCUUCCCGCACCGCGGGAGAGCCACCGGCCCGCCCGGCGAGCCACUUUGGUCCCCGCUCCGCGCCUGCCCCGCUGCUUGCGCUCCUUCCUCCGCGCCGUCCCUCUGCCCCGGGAUGCCUCCCAACCUCACCGGCUAUUACCGCUUCGUCUCCCAGGAGAACAUGGACAAUUACCUGCGGGCUUUAGAUAUCAACGUGGUCUUGCGAAAGCUGGUCUGCCUACUGAAGCCGGACAAAGAGAUUAUCCACACGGGAGAUCACAUGGUCAUCCGCACCAUCACCUCCCUGCGGGACUAUGUUAUGGAUUUUGACGUGGGAGUCCAGUUUGAGGAAGACCUGGGACCCGUGGAUGGACGCAAGUGCCAGACAACCGUCUCCUGGGAGGGGGAUCAGCUGGUGUGUGAGCAACUAGGAGAGAAGAGGAACCGAGGCUGGAGGCACUGGUUGGAGGGGGACCGGCUGCAUCUGCGCAUGACUGCUGAAGAUGAGGUCUGCGUCCAGGUUUUCCAGAAGGUGAAGUGAGCGCUCCCCGCAGAGAUGCCCGGACGGGACCCGCGCUCCCCAGUGCCAGAAAGAAAAAGAAACAAGACCCGAGCGAGCCGA